GUUGCAGCCGUGUGCAAGGCGCAGCUACGCUACAUACAUACAAACACACACGUUACGCACACACACACACACACACACCCACGAGUCGUGGUAUGUGUGUUCGCACAUACAUGUAUGUAUAGGUAUACACACGCCAAAGUAAAGUAUCAUCGUCGUCGCGGGGUCGAGUCGCGCUCCGAAGUUGCCUCUUGGACCAGCCCAUGCCAGUUGAGCGCUACCGUUUAGCGUCUGGUAUACAACAUAGACUACAAAUACUAUACGGUACCAUACAUCUCUCGGGCAUCGGUCGGUGUAGUGUUUCGUCCGCUUGAGAGGAAGAGAGAGAGAGAGAGGCUUGGCCACCUUUGCGUAUCGUAACGGCUGUACCAACAAAUUUUUGCGUUGCGGAUCUAACUUGUUGAAUCAAAAGUUUCAUACACAACACGAGCUCCCAAUCAUCGUGUCGUUUUUCGUUGUUCGACGCUUGGAGUUGUAAAAAUUCGGAGCAGCGAAGCUGAAAUAUUUUUCGUUGUAUACAAGUGAUGUGCCAACUGUUGUUGCACAGCCCAUAAACAUAUCGCGCGCCAGUGUGAGUGUGUGUAUGUGUGUAUAGAGGUGUAUAUACAAAGAUCUAUAUAGAUCUAAACAAGGAGGCGUGUGCAGUCUGCGUCGCUCGCACACAAGAGUUGGACAAUAAUUUUACAAUAACAAUAUAAGUUCACCAUGCAAGCCUUUCCCGGUCAAGUCAACACGGCGACGACGGCCACGGCACAGACGUCGGGCAGCGUGCCGCUGAGGCUCGAUCUCUCCUACAUCAAGACGGUCCACGGCAUGCUCAAAUGCGCUCAAAUAGUUUUGAACUUGCUGGGUUUCAUCUGCAUAAUGUGCUCGCACCUGAGCACGAACAGCCGAUGCGAGUGGUUCAAUAUGGUAUCGAUGAUCGGAUUCUGGACGUCCGGUAUUUUGCUCGGGUUCUAUCUGUUUCACGUGAUUGAAAAGUUUCACAAAAUCCCGUGGUUCAAAAUCGAGUUUUACUUUUGCGCCGUUGAAACUGCAUGCUACUUAUUGGCUUCUGCUCUAGUCGCUGCUCUAGCUGGUGCCAGUGAAAGUUUAGGAGUUGCAGGGUUCUUCGGCUUCUGCGCGAUGUGCGCCUAUGGAUUCGACACCUGGAUGAAGUUCAAAGCUCUGAAGAGUGGCGAGUAUCCUCAAGGACAGCCACCCUCGUCCAAACCAGUUUCCACCGUUGGCAGUCCCGCUGGAUACUAAAAAUCCUUCGACGUGUUUUAUUCGUUCAUCGUCUAAUGGUCAAAAUCGAGUAUUUACUAAUCUCGUGUUUUUAAUUCAAAUUGAUCGAUUUGAAGUUUUGUUGUUUUUGCGAAGAUCAGUUUUUUUUAAUCGAGCUCAACACCAUUGUUUUACUGUUAUUUUUUUUCUAUUAAAUAUUUUUCUAAAAAUACGUUGAUUCAUUUGUUUUGUUGCCCGAGUGAAUGAUUAUAGUGACUCGAAGCCAGUAAGAAGAUCUCUGGACAAAAAUAGAAAUGAACGAUUGUUCGUAAAAUUUUAGUGCAUCUGAAAAUUGAUAAUACCUACCAAACGAAUAAAUAAUAACAUUUAUGUUUUGAGCAUACUACAUAGAGUAUACUUCGCGUAGUUUUCAAGUAGAUACAUCGGGAUUCGGUUUCAUCUAGACCAAAUAUCGAUUUUUUUUUCAAAGUGAAAGUCAUAAAAAUGUUUAUACGUUUUCUCCAAUUUAUGAGAAACACAGGUCUUCGAUACGUAAAUUAACUUUAUUAGUGGAAUUCGCCGUGAAUAAUUUAACAUUUAAAUACGUAUUUUACACAAUUUUAAUUAGUUAAAUAACAGUACCUUUAGCUCAGACGAUAAGGAUCUAUUUAAAAUUAUUUUUCUUAAUUAAUAUAGUACACGAAUCAAAAAAUGCAGUUAUAACUCUUGAAAAAGCUUAAAAUCAAAACGUGACUCGAAUCACAGUACUGAAACAAGUUGUACUAAUUGAUUAUGAUUUAUCGCAUACUUCGUUUUCGUUGCGAAAGCCAAAUAGUAACAUCGAGUGAAGUAAGUAAAAAUAGUUUUAUUUUUGUUAAGUUAUAAAAAAAAUACUUACUUUGUAAUAUUGAAAAUUAAAAGAAUAACUCAAAUGUCACUAAAACUAUUGUUAAGUGAAAGCUUAAAACAAUUUACAAUCUUAACUGAUCAUAUUUAAUGUAAGUAUUGGAAAAUACUUAUAUAAUCUGCAAAUCUCAUUUACUUGUAAAAAUAUUAGGCCUAAGUUAUUAAUAAUUCGAAAGAUUAUGCAUGUUGGAUUACAUAUGUUGUAAUAUGUUUUUCUAAUGUUAAGUAUGUGUCCUGUUGAGUGAAAUAUUUUUUACAUUUUUAUCUUUUUACUUAAUUUUGAUUGUCAAUCCACAAAAUAAUUUUUUUU